CUUCGUCUUUCAGUAUCGCGGAUCUCUUGCUCUCGUUUGUUUCUGGGUGUUUGUGCUUUUGUCUCUUUUUAAAAGUCGUCGCGUUCUUCCACAAUCGUUUUCAGCACAUUUAUUUGCAACUGGUAUUUGCAACUGUUCAACCGUCUCUACUAUAUUAUAUAUUUCCGAGAAUACAAUCGCAACUAUGCACCACAUACGGCUUUCUACCUUGGGAUGGUUGGUCCUCUCGGCCUUGGCUGAGUCGGCAUGGUCAACUCUAACCUCGGAUGGUGUAUCACUUGCAGCUCGUGGAUCGAGCGACUCCUCUUCAUACGGAAAUUAUGGAUCGGAUUCGUACGGGGACCAUGGACUGGGUUCAUCGUCGCAUAGUAGCUCGGACACAGAGUCGUCAUCAUAUGGUUAUGGAUCAAGCUCAUCCUCAUAUGGAAGUUCGGGAUCGGAUUCUUCGUCACAUGGCUCGGAAUCAUCUUACGGAAACUCUGGAAGCUCCUGCGACGGGUCUGGCUCAAGUUAUGGUAAUUCGGGAUACUCUGGCUCCUAUGGCGGUUACGGUUCACAACCGGAUUGCCAGAGUAGCUCAAAAUCAACCUCGGUGACCGAAGAGACGGCCACAAAGACAAUCGUGAGCACUGCAAAGGAAACGGAAACUAAAGUUUCAGUCUCAGUCAAAGAUUCGACCCAGACGGUUGAUAUCAAUCAUACCUUGACCAAGACGUAUGAAGUCGACCACACCAUAACCAAAUCCUACGAUAUGAACAGAACCGUCACCGUUACGUCUGAAUAUGACCGGACCAUGACCCAGCUUCAGACCUUGACCGUGACAUCCGACGUGGACCACACAAUGACCCAGGUUCAGACUAUGGUCAUCGACCAGACGUUGACCCAGCUCCAGACCAUGACUGUGGAAGACACCAUGACCGUGGACCAGACCAUGACUCAGCUGAGUCUCCAAACUCUGACCGUGACGUCCGAGAUGGCUCAGACCACCUCCAUCCUCCAAACUGUGGAGAGCUUCAUCACCGUCACCCAGCAGGAUUCUCUCACCCAGUUCUCUCUCCAGUCAACCAAUGCCAUCUCCAUCGGCUUCAGCACGGAGACUGCCAGUUUCCCCUCGACCACCAUCACGGAACAAGCUUUCACCACCCAGACCAUAGCAGCUGCCACUACUGCCGCGGCCAUAACCACGCCGCCACCCCUCUUCUUCUCGACCUCAACGACAGCCACGCUCGCACAGCAGCAGAACGCCACCUCCUCGGCGCCCCUGAUCGCCUUCUCCGGCGCUGCCGUCCCGCACGCAGAUCUUAACCCACGCUUUGCCAUGUCGGCUGCCGGCGUGCUUGGGUUCUUGGCUUGGUUCCUGUGA